ACUGACAUUGUUUGUCCUUGUCUGAGACAUACUAAAAGUUUCUCUCUCUCAUUGGGGCGUCGGAGCUCUCAACCCUCCCUCUAGUUAUGAAGAAGAACUGUACUCUCUCUCUCUCUCUCUCUUCUUUAAACAUCUCUGCUCUGCAUUUCCUUACAGUUCACGCUAAUCGCCUGUGUCGGUCCCCCUCUCUCUCUCUCUCCCCAAACAAUGGCACAACGAUUCUUCUUCUUUACCCUUUUUGCUUGUUAGCUAGAAAACCUCAAAGGAUCUCGCUUUCUUCCUCCUCCACUGUGUUCUUACUUUCUGGGUUUCUUCUCUGUGUGAAGAAGAAGAAGAAGUGCGAUGGAGAAAGUGAAAAGCUUGGCUCUUUUCUUCAUGCUAUGCGGUGUUGUUUCUCCGAUGAACGAUGAAGGGAGAGCGUUGAUGGAGAUGAAAGCUUCCUUCAGCAACGUGGCGAAUAUGCUUCUGAACUGGGACGAUGUUCACAACAGCGACUUUUGUUCUUGGCGUGGUGUUUUGUGUGAUAACGUUUCCCUCUCCGUUGUCUCUCUUAAUCUGUCAAAUCUGAAUCUUGGAGGGGAGAUUUCACCAGCACUUGGAGAUCUGAGGAGUUUGCAAUCAAUAGACUUGCAAGGGAAUAAUCUGGGGGGUCAGAUCCCAGAUGAGCUUGGAAACUGUGCUUCUCUUGCUUAUCUUGAUUUCUCCACUAAUUGCUUGUUUGGAGACAUACCAUUCUCAAUCUCCAAACUCAAACAGCUGGAGUUUCUGAACCUGAAGAAUAAUCAGCUCACUGGCCCAAUACCAGCAACCUUAACCCAGAUUCCAAACCUUAAGACUCUUGACCUUGCAAAAAACCAGCUAACUGGUGAGAUACCGAGGCUGCUUUACUGGACUGAGGUCUUACAGUAUCUCGGUUUACGUGGGAAUAUGUUGACUGGGACAUUGUCUCCUGAUAUGUGCCAGCUCACCGGUCUGUGGUACUUUGAUGUGAGAGGCAACAACCUAACUGGAACCAUCCCAGACAACAUUGGGAAUUGCACAAGCUAUGAGAUCCUGGAUGUAUCUUAUAAUCAGAUCACUGGCGUUAUACCCUACAAUAUCGGUUUCCUCCAAGUCGCUACUCUGUCACUUCAAGGAAACAGAUUGACCGGUAGAAUUCCCGAAGUCAUUGGUCUGAUGCAGGCCCUUGCUGUUUUGGAUCUGAGUGACAAUGAACUAGUUGGGCCUAUCCCACCAAUACUUGGCAAUCUCUCAUUUACCGGAAAAUUGUAUCUCCAUGGCAACAAGCUCACAGGACCAAUCCCACCUGAGCUUGGCAAUAUGUCACGCCUCAGCUAUUUGCAACUAAAUGAUAAUGAACUAGUGGGAACCAUCCCACCUGAGCUUGGGAAGCUUGAGCAAUUGUUCGAACUGAAUCUCGCAAACAACCAUCUCGUAGGGCCGAUUCCAGCUAACAUUAGCUCCUGUGCGGCGUUAAAUCAAUUCAAUGUUCAUGGGAACUUCCUGAAUGGCUCUAUACCUAUUGGGUUCCGGAAUCUUGGAAGCUUGACUUAUCUAAAUCUCUCCUCAAAUAGCUUCAAGGGUAAAAUACCUUCCGAGCUUGGCCAUAUUAUCAAUCUUGAUACCUUAGAUUUAUCUGGCAACAGUUUCUCAGGACCAAUACCAUUAACACUCGGUGAUCUUGAGCAUCUUCUCAUCUUAAACCUGAGCAGAAACUAUCUCAAUGGACCAUUGCCUGCAGAGUUUGGGAACCUCCGAAGCAUUCAACUCAUCGAUGUAUCAUUCAACUCUCUCACCGGUGUUAUUCCAACUGAGCUUGGCCUUUUGCAGAACAUUAACUCCCUAAUACUCAACAACAACAAGAUUCAUGGGAAGAUUCCAGAUCAGCUUACAAAUUGCUUCAGUCUUGUCAAUCUGAACAUCUCUUUCAACAAUCUAUCUGGAAUAAUCCCACCUAUGAAGAACUUCUCUCAUUUUGCCCCAGCCAGCUUCGUUGGUAAUCCAUUUCUCUGCGGGGACUGGGUUGGAUCAAUAUGUGGCCCUUCUUUACCCAAGUCACAAGUAAUCACCAGAACUUCAGUGAUAUGCACGGUUCUCGGUUUCAUCGCUCUCAUAUGCAUGAUACUCAUUGCUGUUUACAAGUCAAAGCAGCAGAAACACGUCUUGGAAAGUUCUCCAAAACGGUCUGAAGGGUCAACAACAAAGCUGGUGAUUCUCCACAUGGACAUGGCCAUCCACACCUUCGACGACAUCAUGAGACUCACCGAGAAUCUUAGCGAGAAGUACGCCAUCGGAUACGGCGCUUCCAGCACGGUUUACAAAUGCACCUCCUCCAAAACUUCCCGACCUAUUGCCAUUAAGCGAAUCUACAACCACCACCCCAACAACUUGCGCGAGUUCGAGACCGAGCUCGAGACCAUCGGGAGCAUAAGGCACAGAAACAUCGUGAGCCUCCACGGCUACGCCCUUUCCCCUCCCCUCGGCAACCUCCUCUUCUACGACUACAUGGAGAACGGCUCUCUCUGGGACCUUCUCCACGGCCCUGCUGGGAAGAAAGCGAAGCUCGACUGGGAGACGAGGCUGAAGAUAGCCGUUGGAGCUGCGCAGGGGCUAGCGUACCUCCACCAUGACUGCACUCCUAGGAUCAUCCACAGGGACGUCAAGUCGUCGAACAUACUCCUCGACGGUAACUUCGAGGGGCGUUUGUCGGAUUUUGGGAUUGCCAAGAGCAUAGCGGCAGCCAAAGCUUAUGCUUCUUCGACCUAUGUUCUUGGAACCAUAGGGUAUAUCGAUCCGGAGUAUGCUCGUACUUCACGGCUGAACGAGAAGUCUGAUGUUUACAGCUUUGGUGUCGUGCUUCUUGAGCUUUUGACUGGGAAGAAGGCUGUGGAUGAUGAAGCCAACUUGCAUCAAUUGAUACUGUCGAAGGCUGAUGAUAACACGGUGAUGGAUGCGGUUGAUGCGGAGGUUUCAGUGACUUGCGUUGACUCAGGGCACAUCAAGAAGACGUUUCAACUGGCUCUCUUGUGCACUAAGCGAAACCCUAUGGAGAGACCUACAAUGCAGGAGGUCGCUAGGGUUCUGCUCUCUCUUCUCCCUUCUCCACCUCCGAAGAAGCCGCCUUCUCCUGCGAAGCUUCAGGGUGUGGAAGAACGGCGUGAGAGCCAGUCCUCGGAUACAACGUCCCCACAGUGGUUUGUUCAGUUCCGUGAAGCUAUCUCCAAAAGCAGCUUAUAAGUUCUCUUUUUGGGUUUCUUGUGGCGCAAGGGAUGGAGUGGCUGGUUUUUAUGUGGUUUUGCCUUUUACGGCUAGUAUGUCGGUUUGGAAAAAGAACAUUAAAGACAAGAACAUGGUAUGGUAUAGGUGAAAAAAAGAGUAGCUCAAGUUAAAUGUGGGUUUCUAUGGGACAUCUUCACGAGUUCGUUAAAAGUCUUUUAGUCUCCUCUUUAAUGCAUUCAUCAUAUC